AUGUACCUCCCAACUCUCCUCCUCUCAACCCUUACCCUCCUCUCAACAGCCCACGGAUGUGUCAAAAUGACCGCCACGAUCAGCUCUGGUCUUAGCAACACGGCCUCUCUAGUUAUUGUUGACGACGGGGUCAAAGUUUGUGAUGGGCGCAUCAAUGGAUGUGCGGGUGUUAUCUCUUGCUCCACCUCCCCACGCUGGCAUUGGGCAUACAUUGAUAUGUGCAAAAACUCGUUCGAUAAAGGCCCACGAGUCCAGUAUCAAAAUGAUCACGGGAAGUGGGAGUGGAAUGGAAUGUCGGGUAGCUGCAAUGUUAUGAAUUGCUGCGGAGGGAAUAUCCCUUGCACUUGUCGGUCCUGCCAAUACAGCCUCAGCGCUUUCUGUUAA